CGCCUGUGAACCGCCGCCACCCCUCCGCCCACCAAACUGCGCCCCCCCUCCUCCUUCCCCCAUGGCGGCCAAGCCUGUCCUCUCCCUCCUGUUGGCCGUCCUGGCCUGCACGGGGCCCGCUCGCUCCUCCCCUCCCCUCCUGCUCCGCCCCCGGGAGAGAGAGAGGGACUUGGGCGUAGUCAACAUCGCUGUGGUCCACUCGGGCUCCUCCCUGCUCCCGGAGACGGCCGCUGCUGGGGGAACGGGCGCAGCGGGCGGGCCGGGGGGGCCUCAGGGAAGGGGGGCCUCGUCGUCAUUGGCUACGGUGUCGGCAUCUGCCACACUGGCGUCUGCAUCGGCGGCUCUGGUGGGCGACAGCGUGAUGACGCAGUAUGGCCCGGCCAACGUGAUCUACCUGACGGUGAACGAGAGCAGCCCGGCGAGCCUUCUUCUGCAGCUGUGUGAGCUGCUGGCCACCACGCCACUCCAGGGCCUGGUGUUCGAGGAGGAGAGGCCCCCGCCACACAACCAGGCUCCCCUUGCCCCCAUGAUGGAGUUUGUCUCGGCCCAGACCGGAGUGCCCGUUGUGGCCGUGGGAGGAGGGGCCGGCCUGGGCAGGGAGCCACAGGUAACUACCUGGCUGUGA